AUGCGCAGCUUCGACGCUCUCUUGCUCGCUGCCCUUGCGGCUUCGCCCGCUCUGGCUCGCCAGAUUCCCGCCAAUGUCCAGAGUCUGUACAACUCGAUCCGUGCUCAGGGCCAGUGCAAGAACAUCCUCAAGGGUGGCUUCUACAGCCAGGAGGGCGACUCCAAGAACUUCUCCUACUGCGGUGACCACUUGAGCGAUUACCGCAUCAUGUACCUCCAGGGCACCGGCGGCAACUUGGUCAACAUGGACAUUGACUGCGACGGUGCUCUCGGCACUGGUGACGGCAGCUGCGACAGCUCAGAGGAUACUCAGGGGGAGACCUCAUUCAAGGACACCGUCGUCAGUUAUAAGAAGGGUAUCAAGGACCUCAACGCCUAUGUUCACUCUUUCGUCGUUCUCGGUAACGAAGGCAGCAAGAGCGGCUACGUCACCUUCGACCCUACGUCUGUUAACGUCCAGCCUCUGUCCAUUGUUGCUGUUGUUUGCGGUAACCAGAUGUUCUACGGCGUCUGGGGUGACACCAACGGUGAUGACGGUCCUCCCCUGGUCGGUGAGGUCUCCGACGCUCUCGGCCGUGCCUGUUACGGCAACGCUGUCAACGGCAACGCUGCCCACGACCCGAACGACGUUCUGUACAUUGCCUUCACCGGCAAUGAUGCCGUUCCCGGUGCCAACGGUGCCAACUGGGCUGCCAGCUCCUUCAGUGCCUUUGAGUCCUCUCUGGGCUCUCUUGGUGACCAGCUCGUUGCCCGUAUUGGCAGC